AACAAGAAUUAAUAUCAUUUUCUUCGCCGCCUGAGUUCAUGCUUCUCCUCUUCUUCUUCUCAAACCUCCGAUCAUAAAAUUCACGGUGUUUACUGUGUCGCAAUCGCCGUCGACGACCAACGGUGAAUUGAUCUAUAGAGGAAUUGGCCUUUUUUUGAAUUUCUCAAUAAUCUUUCAGAUGCCUUGUGUCGUGGUCAAGCAAAUUGAGGGUUAAUCAGAUCUUUGUGAAAAGACCGUAGCUUUAAAGGGAGCUUGGUAGUUCUGGUCGUCGCCCAAGAUUAGAGAUUUCGAAUAUUAUCUGACGGAUGAUUCAGCGAGACGUGUUUUCUUCAUCAGAUUGAGCCUAUAAAUUCAACUCCUUUGAUUAGCAGAUGACUGAUUCAGAGCUUUUUGUGUUCUCUUUGAGUUUAUGAUUGUUGAACUGUCAUCAAUCAUCUGGGAUUUCUUAAGAAGAAACCUCGAUUUUCUUGUAUCUCGGAUACCUAUGGAAGAGUCUUCUCAGGGGAGUUUUGUUACAACCAUAAAUGAGGAUUACGAAGCAGUUUGUUGGGGAUGUGGGCUAAACCUUGUUCUUCCAUCAUAUGCACCUGUUUUCAAGUGUGGAUGGUGUGGUGCAAUCACGAAUCAGAAUCCAGUCAGACCUGAAACCAAAAGCUUUGGGUUGAGACGUUUCCGUGACCGGUGUUUUGUCGUUAUUCUGGCAGUUUUUAUGCUCUUUGUGAUAUGUGGUGGGAUUUGGGCUGCAUAUCCUGUCUUGUUUUCAAUCAGCUUGGCUUGCGGAAUUUUUCAUUGUGUUACAACAGCAUGUCUGGCGAUAUCAACGCUCUCAACAUUUAUUCUUGUUGCUUUUAAAUGCGCCGGGAUACCACCAAAUAUUCUUUAUGGAACCCACCCUGGAGUAGGGAAUGGCGCACUUAACAACUAUACCUUUUGUAACUACUGCUCCAAACCCAAGUCACCUAGAACCCAUCACUGCCGCACGUGUCGCAUGUGUGUCUUGGACAUGGAUCACCAUUGCCCCUUUAUUGGGAACUGUGUUGGUGCGGGCAAUCAUAAACAAUUCAUAGCAUUUCUUAUCUCAGCCGUAAUUAGCACAAUCUAUGCUGCUGUUAUGUGUGUGUAUUCUGUGAUUCACAUCUUGCCACCUAUGGAAAAUGGAGCUGCGUAUGCAUCUGAGAUGGCCCAUGUGGCGCAUGGUAAUAGUUUAUCGGUUCUGAGAGCAGUGAAGAAUAUCUCUUUUGCUUACUUAGCCAACGCUGUCUUCAUCUCUGUUCGAGGCCUUGUUCUAGUCUAUCUCUUUGUGGCAAGUGUUUCUGUGGCGAUUGGGCUAAGUGUUUUGUUGUGGCAACAGCUUAGCUAUAUCUAUGAAGGCAAGACUUACUUAAGCCAUUUAAGUUCUCAAGGAACAGAAGAAGAUGGUGAAAAGAGCUGCGGGAAUCUUUUGUUGUUUUUCGGAUGUCCAGAUUCAAUUGAAUGGCAAUUGCCAACUAUAAGGAAAUUGAGGAAGAGACAUAAGACAUGAAAAGAACAAAAGAUAAUCUUAGCUGAAUAUGUUCUCUAUGUUUCCUCCUUCGGUUUGGAGCUUGUUUUGGUCAAUUCAGAAAAAUCAUCAUACGUGGAGCUAACAGGUAAUGCAGAUUAGCAGAGUGUGUACCUUUUGUGAAAUUCAUGAUUAUAGAGUAUAGGAGCAGUUGCUCCUGUAAAUUUUCUUUCAAGAUUGUAAAUUUGUUGUUUCCCUGACAUGCCUUUGGACUCAAGAAUAACAUUAUCAAUUCAAAGGGGUUACAUAAAAAUAUAUUUUUAGCAGUCGCCAAUGACUUUAGUCGUCAAUUAUAGAACUUACAGCU